AUGAAAGGAAAGUAUUUCAAAUUCCUAAAUCUACUGUUUUUCAUUUUCACAGCGGAUCGUUGUAAAGAAGUGCAGCAGAUCCGAGAACAGCACCCAAACAAAAUUCCGGUCAUUAUUGAAAGAUACAAGGGGGAGAAACAGCUUCCUGUGUUGGACAAGACCAAAUUCUUAGUUCCUGACCAUGUCAACAUGAGUGAAUUGGUAAAAAUAAUCCGGCGCCGGCUGCAACUGAAUCCAACCCAAGCCUUCUUCCUCCUGGUGAACCAGCACAGCAUGGUGAGCGUUUCCACCCCCAUCUCUGAGAUCUAUGAGCAAGAGAAAGACGAAGAUGGCUUCCUCUAUAUGGUCUAUGCCUCCCAGGAGACCUUUGGCUACUGAACAUGUAUCAUAAGGAUCACCACCACCAUCAUCAUCAUUAAAGAACUGAUUCCAAACUGUUGCAGCAACAUCCCUGCCUCCCCAGCACUCCCCCACCCCUUGGCAAAUAAGUGCAGAGAGCAGCUUGUGGCCCAGGGCCAUCACAAAAGUAAGCUGUGCUCCCAACUCUGCAGUGCAACAGACCAAGAUAGUUCGGUGUGUGUGUGGGAUGCACGAGUCUCCAUUUUUUCCCUUGCCAUUGCCUUUGCCCUUUGUGUGUUCCUCUCCCAUUUCUCUUUUUGCGCUCUCCCUCCUUUUCUUUGUUGUCUUUUGUCAUCUUGCUUAGCCCAAUGCCAAACAGAUGGAACAUGUGGCGGACAGAGAAAGGAAAGGAAAGUCACAAUGUCCUCACCUGCCAAGGCAAGGGCUGGGCUUGUCCUUGAACUUCUGUAACAGGGCAGAAAGUUUGAAGACAAAAGCAAACAUAAACGAAUUAAGCAACUGUCAUUACUCCUUGUGUUUUUCAUUGAUCUUAACUACUUGCAUAUCAAUUCCUGGUGCUACAGAGUAGAUGUAGGCCUCUUUUACAGGACUGUGUAUAAAUAUAUCUUUUAGAUUUAUUUUGUUAUUUUUUAAGCACGAUGGGGGAAUAUAAUUUGCUUGUAUUAGCUAGAUUCGAAAACAAACAAACCUAAGCUUCUUUGCACUUUAAAAUAUAGAGAUUAGAGUGAAAGUAGCUUAAUUUUCAAUGUUACGUCCAUACCCUGUGUUAUUCUAUGUCAUGAUUUUUUUUAAAAGCCAGAAUGUUUUCAUUUCUUGCUUUCUUGCAUGCAUGGAUUAAUUUUUUUUUCUAUUUUAGUCCCUUUGUGGCAAACAGACCAUUCACUCAAGGAAUGUACUGAUUUAUAUUGCUACUUUUUUCUUUCUUUUUUUUUAAAUUUAUGAUACCAAAAAAAGUAUGUAUGAACAGAAAAAACAAACACCCGGUCAAAUCUAUAUAAAUAUCUAUAUAAAUAAAGGUAAAUUAAAGUUGUGUUGUUAUUAGA